GCUGACCUAUGAUUAUCUUCAAACCUUCCGCAAAAAUCUGAAUCCGCGCCCCUUCAUAAUCACAGACACAGGCCUCUGUAUUUAAACGACUGAAACUUCAACUGAUCAGACGCACGGAGGCAUGACUUGUAUAUUAAUGGAUACCACAGUACCCACCCUUCUUCUAGCGGUGGGGUAAUGGGGCGGCUGGAGAACGAGCACCAAUGGCGGUUUCUGCUGGCGGGAAUAUCGAACAUGUGUGGAACAUCAGUAACGAACCCGGUUGAUGUCAUAAAGAUCCGGAUGCAGCUGGAGAACGAGCUGGCCGUACACGAGGGUCUGAGCGCCAUCAAGAACCGCUACUAUGACGGAUUUGUGAAGGGAGGAUCGAGGAUCGUACGGGACGAGGGGUUAGGGGGCCUCUACAAGGGCCUUCUACCGUCUUUGAUGCGGGAGGGGUCCUACAGUACAAUCAGACUGGGCGCCUACGAACCACUGAAGGUGUACUUUGGCGCCACCGACCCUGCUCAUACCCCGCUGUGGAAGAAGAUUUGUGCCGGGGCUAUAUCAGGGACCAUCGGGAGCGCCAUUGCGACGCCGACAGAUCUGGUCAAAGUCAGGAUGCAAGCCCAGGGCAAGCUCUUUGAUGGAGAAGUGCCCAGAUACAAGAGUACAUUUUCGGCAUUCAAAGAGAUUAUCCAGACCCAGGGCCUCCGAGGGCUGUAUACUGGCGUGGGACCCACCGUAAAACGAGCAGCCAUAUUGACGGCUACCCAAAUUCCAAGUUAUGAUCACGCAAAACACACCAUUUUGAACGCCGAACUUAUGAAGGAAGGUCCCGCUCUUCACGUGAUAUCUUCCAUGAUAGCAGGGUUCAUGACAGCACUGACCACAUCACCAGUUGACGUCAUCAAAACACGAAUCAUGAACCAAAAGUCACAUGGUGUAGCUCAUCAUGAGCGUGUGUACAAGAACGCCUUUGACUGUUUCUUAAAGACUUUGAGGUCAGAGGGACCUCUUGGGCUGUAUAAGGGCUUCAUCCCUAACUGGAUGCGUAUAGGACCUCACACAAUCAUCACAUUCUUUAUAUUUGAGGAGCUCCGUCACCUCAUAGGAAUGGACCCUGUAUAAUAGAGCUUGUAGUGGAUAAUUAACCAAUGCGUCCCUACGAUGGCCGAUAUGGGCCGGACAAAAAGUAACCACGAGUUGUGUUUGAUUUGCCGGCAAUUCCUGAAAUGCCGGCAAAAAGUAACCACGAGUUAUAUUUGAUUUGCCGGCAAUUCUUAGAUGCCGGCAAAUCUCAAACGUGGGCCAAUCUUACUUAUUGUACAAUUAAAAUACCAGAGGAUAUAGAGGUCAAAAAGUCUCGUUAUCUUAAUUGACAAAAGGGUGUGACAAAAACAUGGCAGUUUUACUCGCAACGUGCAUUAUUAAUGACAUCAAACAGAACACAAGAGCAAAUUAAAAAAAAAGACGGCAUCAAAACAUUCAGAUAUGUCUUAAACUCAUUGGAACCCGACACUCUUAAUGAAGCAUUUGGUCAAUUGCUUAUAUAUCAUAACUAAUUAAGAUCGUUUCGGCGGUAUUAAUAGCACAUGUGACAUUUCAAAUUUGUAAUAUGGCCCACUUCGUCAGGAGAUCACCUUAUACAUAAAUCAAUUAAUCUCUUUGAACUUCAUUUGGUUUUAAUUUGGAUCUAAUGAUAUUUUUGUGUUUACUGUAUGCAACCAUAGGAGGUGUUGUGAAUAAUUUUUGCAUACUUCGUCAUGUUGUAUGUUAUCCCAGUAUUUCAUAAGUCGUUUCCUUAAUUCGUUUAUACAAAUUUGGUCACUAAAACAUUAGAUACAGCCUUUUUAUUGUGUUCUUCUUUUAUUUUUUUUAGAAGAUUAAUUCUAUUUGCUGAAAUAGUUUCUUGCAUAAUAGGUUCAAUUUCUGAUUGUUUUUAAUCUCUCUUUUUUAGAUGAGUUUUAAAGUCUUUAAAAAUACUUUGUAAUACAGCCUGAUCACUAGUAUUUCUCAGAUGUCUGGUACAUUCUCCUUUAAUUAGACCCUUGAAAACUGAUGAGCUAUGAGCACUUUGUCUGUGCAGGUAUUGGAAGCUGUUAGUAGGUUUGAUAUAUGAGCGAAUGUCUAAUCGCUGGCUAUCUGAGAAUCUUGUUUUCUUGUAUAUCAUCUCUAUAUUUGCCGUGAUAAAUAAGUUUCGAAAAGCCCUCAACAUUGUCGGCGCGCAAUUCCCCCCUUACUUCUCCUCAUACUUUGCUUCUUUUCAACCCUUUCGACCAAUUAAGAUAACUUGACUUUUGUGACCUCAAUCUUCUGGUAUUUUAAUUAAACAUUAAAUGUAAGAUUUGCCCACAUUUAAGAUUUGCCGGCAUCUAAAAAUUGCCGGCAAAUCAAACACAACUCGUGGUUACUUUUUGCCGGCAUUUCAGGAAUUGCCGGCAAAUCAAACACAUCUCAUGGUUACUUUUUGUCCGGCCCAUAUCGGCCAUCGUACGUCCCUGAUACAAUGUAUCAAAGUCAAUCUAAAGCAAGACCCCAGUAUUUCGCAACGAAGUGAAAAAGGAGCUGAAAGACUUUAGUAAGACUACAAUGUGUGUGUGUGAUUUUAUUAAAUACAGAUGUGUGCUCUCUACAAACUCGUUUGAUCUUACCCGGUGGUAGUAAGAAUAAAACUUUACUGUGCCUCUGAACAAGCUCCAAACGGUGUCGUUAGGACAAUAUUAUCUUAACGAUUAUUUUAAUAUUAUAUUUACCCCAAUGGUACAAAACUAACGCAAGAGUUUCUACAUCCUUUUUGUUUAAAGCAACAUAUAAUAAAUGUGUGAUCAAAUGAAAUUCUCAAGAUUUCAACCCAUCUGCAUAUUUUAGCAUGAGAUUUAUGUAUGUUCUUUUGUACAAAAUGUUUUAGAUAUUUUUUAUGAUGUUGGACGGUUCCCGGAGACAAUAAAUACAAGGGAAACCCAAAUGAAUUUGUUCUGAAAAGAUCUGCAUAGACCUUCAAUCUCUUUCAACAUUUAUAUGUAGCUCAAAAGGAAACAGAGACAAUCAUUUUGUUUCAUCUAUUUUCAGUCGUGAAUCACAAUUUUCUCAAAUGUAAAUAUUUUCGAAGAUUUUUUGUAACUUGUUUUUGUCACAUACGAUACCAUUUUAUGCGGAAAAAAUAUUUAGAAAUUCUCAUUUCAGCAAAAUUACAUGAAUUCGUCCUACAAACACAGAAGUGACUUGUCGUGUAUUAUUAUUCCUUCAUCUAAGCAUAACAAUUUGUUUUAAC